AGAAAGAAGAGGAGGAGGAGAAAGAGGAGGCGGAGGAGAAAGAGGAGGAGGUGAACAACUUACCCUGCUGAGCUUUCUUUGGGGAAUACGUGCAUCAAGAUUUAGAUCUGCCUGUAAAAUCUAUACAAAGUAUAUGCCACUACAGGUCUGACUCGCCCCCUCCCCCGUUUUUUUGUUUUGUUUUGGUUUGUUUUUGGUUUUGGUUUUUUAUUUUUAUUUUUUCUGUUUUCUCUGUUGUGUCAAAGAACAACACAGAACUAUCUCUGUUUCUGGCUCCACUGCCUGCCAGUGAAGGAGUUUUCAUUCAGACUUUCCGAAGAGAGGUGGAGAAACCUGAAGACUCAGGAGAAGAAAUCCUUUGAGCCAGAUGGAGCAUUAGUUCUUCUGCUUUUUCUCAGCAUGGAUAAACCUUUUCCUCAAGGAUUUUUUCAUGUGCCCUGAGGUCCAUGUAACUGCAAGGGCUCCUCUUUAUCACCAUAAGUGCCACCCUGACCUAAAACCACUCAGAGCUCAAAAAUCAAGUCAAAAUGGAUGCUGCGGUGACAGAUGAUUUUCAACAAAUUCUGCCUAUUGAACAGCUGUGCUCUACUCAUGCUAGCAAUGACUAUGUGGAACGGCCUCCAGCCCCCUGUAAACAGGCCCUCUCUAGCCCUUCCCUUAUUGUGCAAACCCACAAGUCUGAUUGGUCUCUGGCUACCAUGCCUACUUCUCUCCCCCGCAGUCUCAGCCAGUGCCAUCAACUGCAGCCCUUGCCUCAGCAUCUGAGCCAAUCUAGCAUUGCCAGCUCAAUGUCCCAUAGCACCACUGCCUCUGAUCAAAGGCUCUUGGGCAGCAUUACACCCUCACCUUCAGGCCAAUCCGUCAUCCGAACACAGCCUGGAGCAGGGCCCCACCCAAAGGCUGAUGGUGCUCUGAAGGGAGAAGCUGAGCAAUCUGCAGGGCACCCCAGUGAGCACCUUUUCAUCUGUGAGGAGUGUGGGCGCUGCAAGUGUGUCCCCUGCACAGCAGCUCGCCCUCUCCCCUCCUGCUGGCUGUGCAACCAGCGUUGCCUUUGCUCUGCUGAGAGCCUCCUUGAUUAUGGCACUUGUCUCUGCUGUGUCAAGGGCCUCUUCUACCAUUGCUCCACUGAUGAUGAAGACAACUGUGCUGAUGAGCCCUGCUCUUGUGGGCCUAGUUCUUGCUUUGUCCGCUGGGCAGCCAUGAGCCUCAUCUCCCUCUUCCUACCCUGCCUGUGCUGCUACCUGCCUACCCGUGGAUGCCUCCAUCUGUGCCAACAGGGCUAUGAUAGCCUCCGGCGACCAGGCUGCCGCUGCAAGAGGCACACCAACACUGUGUGCAGAAAGAUCUCUUCUGGUAGUGCACCCUUCCCCAAGGCCCAGGAAAAGUCUGUAUGACCUUCCCACAAGGUGGAUUCAGAGGUUUUCUCCUUCUAGCCCCCAACAGUAAAGCAUAGGCCUCAUCUUUGGAGAAGGGGAGGAGUGAUAAACUAGCCAAAGUUAGGGCCUCUCCUCUUUUGUUCCUGCAGUGUCAGGGGAAUGACCAAGUACAUCCUGGUGCAGGAUGCCUUGUUCUUUCUCAUAGUAUCUAUCCCACUCCUCUUCAGUCUUUUUACACCCCGCCAGCUCAGCCCUUAGGGCUGUCAUGGCAAAUUCAGGUGAUAUAUAGGUAUGAGGUUUGAACACUGAGGACUGACAGGGCCAGCAACGUGGAGGUUUAGGGGCUCCCCAAUGUAAUACCUCUCGAUGCAGGCUCUGAUUGUCACUCUGUUUUCCACUGUGCCUUUGGAAGCUUUCUUCUAAUAUGGUUUUCACAGGUAUAUGUGGAACAGCGUUCAACCUUCCAGGGAAUAUGACCCCUUCUCCCUGUUACUGCCCUUCUCUUCUUUACUCCUCUCUCCUCUUUAUUCUGUUCUGUAUUCCU